AACACAAAAUUAAGGUGUUACAGUGAUUUAAAAUCUCGGGUGACGUCACUUACAAGUAAGGUUUUACUAGCAAGUGAGGUUUUUAUCGUCCCCGACCAUAAUUAAACACUUUUUAUCUCCCUUAAUUUAUAGUGAUCCAAUAUUUUUUGGAAAUCGGUCUGACGGACUAAACAGAUUUAUACUAUUAGAUUUUGUCAAAUUCUCUAUGUCGGUGUGGAAGACGUUGUGUAGCAUAGAGCUGCAUAUAUCAUUUCUACUUUGUGGCAUUUCUAAUGGCUACUUGAAUGCCUUACAAUAGUGGCAUUGUUGUUUUCUACUGAAACCUUUUUUGUUAUACAUGUCACCUGUUAAUUCUACAUUCACUACUCAUGUGGAGUUGAGAUUAUGUUAAGUAUAAUAUGAUUAUGAAUUCAAAUAAAAAGCGCAAUAAACGCAGGUAAUGAUCAUCAAGAGGUAAGGUGAGAUUAUGAAAACAUAUAUUUGAAGUUCAUUUAAAACGAUCUAUUGGUGCGAAAUGGAUUAUAAUCGUUGACAAUUACAAGUUUACAAAAUUCAUAAAACAAAUGAGGACUUCCUUUUAUUAAUGUAGGUUAAUGAUACUUUUAAUAUAGAUUUAUUACGCUAUUUAUAAUUUAGGUAACUAAUAAAUGUGAAAUACAGCGCUUCCUAUGUAGUCCUUGUAGAGAUUUCAAAACAGCUGGGACCCAGCAGUGUACUUAUAUUGAUUAAGGGCUAGGCAUUAAGAUUAACAAACAUGGAUUGUUUAAAGUAAAAGUUUCAAUAUACCGAUACAUUAUUAAAUGAUGCAACGGUUUACUCACGCGUAUUUAUCGGGGUUUUCCGACUAGUUUCGGACCCAAAAAUACUAUCAAAAUAAACCGAUACAGAUAUUAUAUUUUUAUACCAUACUAUAUUUACCUAUUGAUCAAUAUGUAACAAUCUUGUGUGCCACUAUUAUUUUUAUGACUAUUGUAUUGUAGGAACUACACAUAAGUAACUAAGCUUUUUAUAAUGUAGUUUCUAUACAAAUAAGGAUGUAAUUAUUUACCUUGUAUACAAUAUAUUAUAUGCGAAUGGAGCUGAGAUCAUAGAUCUCUUCAAUAUUGUUAUUGAAGAGAUCUUUGAUCGAAUAUUGUAUUUUUAUUGAUAUUUCUUUUAGAACAGUAAGAUUUCUGACAACAUUUAUUCACGCCUCUCUAGGCAAUAUUUCAAUAGUGGUUAGCGGUGGCAAACCUUCAAAUGUUUGGAGACUCAUCUCUAAACAUUCGAACGUUUGCUAACACGUCAGUCACGUGACUUAAGGAAACGUCAUUUCCAUACAUUUGUUCGUUCCCUAUUGACGUUAACGAUUUUAUAAAUUUUACUGAGUUCAAUAAGCUGUACUUGUUAAUGAAAGGAGAAAUACAUGUUUUGUACUUUUGGUAUACCACUUUGAUGAGUUUCAUUUGGAUUCCUCAUUAUAAAAGCUAGUUGGGAUAAAGUCUUCAAUUGACCCUUGCUUAAUAUCUUUAGAUACCGCAGGAACGCGAUGCAGGCCACUACGAAGUCCGGCAGGGAAAGGGCAGACACCUAAUCAAGUGGUAGUAAUCAGCUAUAACCGAUAUAAUAAAAUAAUGAAUCGAAUACUAUUUAGGUAUAUGUAGACUUCAUGAUUAGUUAUUUCAUAUCAGAUCUGAUGUACAAAAAUAAGCUAAUGCACGUCAUAAGGAUGAUUAAUUGGUGUGACGAAAUUGAAUAAUGAGACUGAAACUGUUAGUUCGAAGCCAUUCAUGUGUGAAAAUGACCCGUGGGCCCACGAUAGUGCGAGUGGCUCCGAGUGGCGGCGGCGGUGCUAGGGGCAUCAAGUGCUGUUGUUGUCGUUGCUGUGAAUGUCUCAAUCUAGGAUACCUGACUACUCAUCAUGGACUCAUAAAGUUAGCUGAAGCUAUGUUAGGCGGGCUGUGCCAGAGUCUGCUCGUGAAGUAUGGCAUGUCGGAGGCCAGCAGUAUGGGCUCCGCCUUCCACGGGUUCCUCACGACCGCCUCCGCCUGUCUCCUUACUACCGCACUCCUCAUUGCGUGUUACGUACUCUCAUCAAACACCCAACAACUCAUACGGCAAUCCAUCUUUGAAUGCCUGUUUAAUGCUGUGGCGUGCUUCCUGUACCUAUCAGCAUCAUCAUACAUGGGUGUAGCGGUGAACAUCUACCUGUAUCCCCGGUACGCGCUUGUUAACAUGUACGCCGCGUAUCCCGCCAUGACCGCUGUCUACUAUAUCGGUGUGGUGGUAGGAAUACUCCACGGCGUGGAUGCAUACUUGUCUUACAAAUACCACAAAGGUUAUCGGUGAAAAGCUGACAGCCUACGCAAGAUUCUUCUAUAUUUUUAUAAUGCUCUUUACCAAAUUAUGUAACACUUCAUUCCAGUUAAUGAUAUAUACGUGCUUUCAGCGUGUUGAAAGAGAAUGUGUCAAAUUUCAAAUUACACUUCUGUGCACGGAAAAAAAGGACAAGAAAGAUUUGUCCAUCUAAGUAUACAAAUUUUAAAUCACGGAUUCCGUAAAACCUAAUUUUUGAGAUACUAGUGCGGCUUCCUUAUAAAAA